AUGUCCUCGCUCGAAACCCGCUUCAUAACGUACACAGAAGGCAAUAAAAUAGAUCCCAAACGUCAAGUCAAAGAUAUUGUCGAGACCUACAGCCGCAAUCCCGAUGUGCCGUCUAAAGUGGAUAUUUGGAAAAAAAUAUAUCACGUCCAAUAUAAUACAAUAGAAUUGCUAUACCAUUAUGAUUAUAACUUUGUUACAAAUAACACGCGAAGCUUUAUUAAGCCCAACUUAGCAGAGACUGGUGGGAAAAUUUUGUUCUAUCCAGAUAAAACGACGGGAUAUAUCGCUGAUCCCCGCGCUAAGCCUCCUCGACCCUUGGAUAUUUACCUUGCACUAUGCGACAAUAUGGAUAGCGAAUACUACACACGCAAACAUAUACGCGAUCGUGAGACAGAUGUCACCGUAUAUCUGAAGCAAAGAGAACGCGAGCUCACAGAUCCGGUACUGUUUGUGGCUCUCUUUGACACUGAGAGGAAUGAUGCUGCGAAGAAAGGAUGGAAGGAACAGGAAGCUCAAAAAGCUGAAGUAACUGAACGCGAAAAGGAAGCAGAGAUCGAUCCUCUAGCGCCGUACUUGGCGAGGAUGUUCGGAAGCGGGCACGGAGCUGGUACAAUAUCGAUUAAAGAAGCAACUUUGGUCAGGGAUCAGUGUAUCAAUGACUUCAAAUCGAAACAAUUGGCUAGGCAGAACCUGGUUCAGGAAAGAUUCGACAAGCUCAACACUGAGUACAAGAACAAGAGACUAUGGUACUUAGCAAAUCAAUUCAUUCUUACACCGGAGAAAGAGAGUGCUUAUUUUGCUAUGAGCGCCGAACUAGCAUUCAAAGUUCACACCCUCGAGGUGCGGCUAACCAGACACAAAGACCUGUCAGCCCCGAGGUUCAAGAUCUUAGAGGAGUAUUUAGACAAGCACCCGUUACUGAAGGAGUACAAUCGCAUGCGACAUUACUAUAAGAAAAAA